UAGGCAGGACGCCAGAGUUUUUUCGGCUAAUUGGACUCCGAUGUCCAAGGAUUAUUGGUGUUUCCGUUUGAUGAAGGGUGCAACAAAAUAUGGUGACAUUUAUGUAACGUGUGCUAGAAAUUCGUUUAAGCGCAGGCAUGGGAAACACACACGCUUCACAACAGCCUCACCAGUCGCCGCCGGUGGAGCGGAAAAAUCAUCCGACCAAGACAUCGUCUCUGUCGAAAGGGAGAAGUUUUAUCAAAUUUGGUAAACGAAAGGUCGUCGUGGACCAUGAUGAUAGCACCAACAUUCAAGAGAGGCACAGAUCUAACCUAAGCGGUUCUGAUUCAGAGGUGGAAGCAAAUAUACUCCAGGCGAAGCAUUUCAGGAGCAACAACCAUCCUUCAGAAACAGCUGAUUGUCAUGAGUCAAAGGAAAUACAAGAUUUCCUCGAUAUGGGAGUGCCGCAAAAUGUCCAACAUUUUUUUCUAGAGAGGCGGCCUACUUCAUCCUGCUCUGAUUCGAUCUUCGCGGAUUUACGACCACUUAGGUUCUCUGAGAAGAGUUCAGAAAUCAACGUAGUUUACUAUUCCGAGGAAAAUGUUAGCAAUAGUAACUAUGGUACAAACCCUUCGAUUUUCCGUGUUUGUCACAAUGCGCCACUAAAGCCUGAAUCGCGAGGACACUUUGAUCGAGAAACGAUCCUGUCUAAUACACCACUGAGUGAGAAUGUAUCAAACAUCGAUCUGCCGCGCAUCGAAGAUCGAUGUCUAUCUAACAGCUACUUGCCCGAUAAGUUGCAAACUGAAAUACCGCCGGCACAAGACGAUAUGGAACGCAAGCGCAUACCAAUAUCCCAACGGAAAUCACAGCAAGUGUGUACCGGUAGCAGAACAGCAACAAAUGAAACGGUAGCACGUAGCACAGAAAAUGGGAAAAUUACAGCAAGAUUGCCCACGAAAUCCAGCUUUUACGCAGGUACUAAGUUACCAGUUUUGACUGAUCGGAAGAUAGCUGCAGGCAGCAGCUUUGCUAGUAUAACACCGAACAAUAAAGUGUUUCGACCUUCGUACGUGCCGGAGAAGUUGAACUUUAUUUCGUACGAAAAGUUUGAAGGACACAUGCUCAUCAACUGGCUUUCUUCAUCGCUCAAUUCGAAUGUAACCGGUAUCAAUGAACAUGAUCUGCAAGCCCUGCUGUUUCAGUAUUGCACAAAUCUACUUGUAGCAGGAGUUAUGAAACAAAUUCCCGAUAAACAUGCUCCUCCGCAGGAUACAUUCCGUGCAAAUCUCAUGUAUCAAUGGACUCAUACAGAGCCACCAACACCGGUACCUGUGACACCCGGUAAGCUGGAACCACACGUCGUCUGGCCGCACGUAACAUCGUCAUCUUCUGCGAAAGUCCUUUGCCAUCAAUCAACCAGUACUAGCACCAACACCCUUUCCAUCAAAUCGACCAGUAAAGAAGCAGCAGAUCAAAGAGAAAUGAGCACCGAACUGGAACAAAAUAAGCAUGGAAACUAUUUCAGGCACUUGCUGAAUCGUAUUGCUGGAUGCAAAACGAUCACUGAACUGGAACACAUUCUUCUCGAGUUAUCGAAUGAUUCCACUUCUGUCAACGCCGUAUAUACAAAUGAUCGCCAUCGACUAGAACAGGACAUACUUAAUGAAACGGAGUGUACUAUCUAUGAUACACAAGAGCAAGAUUUUUUCAGUGAAACUGAAAUUACGAUUUACGAACCAGUUACGAAACAAUCACGCGGCGAGGCAAAUGAAACUACAUCCUCUCUUCUUGAUACAUCAUUGAACAUUCCUAGCGAAGAAACUGAGCUGCGUGCUAAUGAUUCAGAUUAUGCGCCAAAAGUUGUGCCUUUCGUUGAUCCAUCAAAAGAGAGCGCUAUCUUGCGUCUAAUUACGGUGGAAAAUGACGAUAAAACGGUAUCUAAAUCAUCAAAUCAAAAUUUCUCCACAACCGGUAUUACCUUCGCCGCUCAAAGGAUUAAAUGCGAGAAGGAACAAAAUGAUGUUAAUAUAAACCAAACUGGCAAACCGAAAAGGAGUAUAGUUUGUGGCUGUCCAGUAAACAGAUUUUUAUGUUCCAGUUGUGCUAAACCUAUAACUGACGCUGAAAUCAUUCCAAUCAUUUUCAAAACAUUAAGCAACAAAGUUUGUACGACGGAAGAAUAUGUAAAGCCGUUUCUAGUAACAAGAGAAACUCAAACCUAUGAAAAUAGUGGUAAAAAUAUCCUGCCACCGCCGUCGCCACCACAACCACCGCCACCACCUCCCCCUCCUCCUCCUCCUCCUCCUCCUACUCCUCCUCCUCCUCCUCCUCCUCCUCCUCCUCCUCCUCCUUCUAUGCCUGCGCCACCACCUCCACCGCCACCUUUACCGAUGGGUGGUAAACCACCAUUAGGACCACCACUACUACUUGCCGGGCUUGCGAAUGAUCCACCAAUGUAUGGACCAGGUAAAUUAGCGUCGACUAGCCCUUCGAUCUGCAGUGGCCCUCCGCCACU